AUGUCCGAUCUCCAGCCUACCCUUCUUUCCCCUUCCCCCGAGGACGCCUCACACGUACAAGUCGUGCCAUCGAGUGCCGGCGACGAUCAUAUUGGUGUCGGUCAGAGUCUUGCCAAUGAACAGAAUGACGUAGGACCGAGUGCCGAUGGGCAGAGCAAUGAUGAAUCCAGUGCCCAUGAAUGGGUUAUCCACAGAUACACCGGAAAACGGACCUUCAGACGCUGGCGGGACGCCCGUUUUCAAGGCACCCUGCCGCUGGCCCUCUCCGCUCGCAUCCCGCUCGAGGUCUUCGAGUUCGUUGUCAACGAGAUGAAUCCCCCCGCAUUGACCGUCGCGGCGCUGGCCUGCACAGCAUGGUACCCUCGAGCAAUGCACAACCUCUACCACACCAUCGUGAUUCGCAGCCGCACAAGCUACAACCUGCUGUUCAAGCAGUGUCACGUAUCACCACGCGUCAAGCAGUGGCUCGCGAGCACAUGCGAGCUGACGGUAGACGAGCAUUGGAUUCACAUUGACGACGAGUACCACUGGGUUGACCUUAUGGCCCAGGAAAAGGGUGAGGACGAAGACGGGAGCGUGGAAUUCCCACAGCGUAGAAACAAGAGCAAUAGCGACAAAUCCUUUUUACCAGCACUACCGUCUGCGCUCGCUGCUCUGAUGCCUCGUGUACGCAUCCUUGACUUCUCCGGUGCAGGACUUCGUUUCAUCCGCACGGACUUCUUCCCCGCCCUGUCGAGGUUCGAGUCUGUCAAGUCGUUGACGCUUUCCUUUUGUGACCUGAACAACGUGACCCAGCUGCGGCGGAUUGUGUCUGCCUUCCCCCAACUUACAGACCUUACGAUGAUGUAUCUUAACUUCGCUCUGCAAGGUGCUGCCAGUCACGCGGGAGCCUCACUACUUCGGUCGCCGUCUCACACUGGCACGCGUCUUCGAUACCUUAACGUCAGCGUGCAUGAUGAACACAUGGCGAUGUUCCUUGACUGGAUGGCGCACUCAGACCUCUGCACCUCACUUGCGGAUCUGACACUCGUGUCAAACAUCCCCCGGGGCUACAUGACAAUUACACCCCUUAACCAACUCCUCGAAAAGGCGGGGGCAUCGUUGACCCGUUUCUACGAGAGGUUCUAUAACGUGUAUCACGGAAACCUGUUUCAAAACACCGCCUUGCAAUCCUUGGACUUCUUGCUGCAUGACAUCAAUCACACGCCCAAAUACCGUGACGAGGGGCCUCAGCGCGCGGCGUGGACCAAAGCAGCAGACGAGUUACACGCCAUAUUCUCCACCGUCCGAAGUCGUCAGCUCGAGCACAUCACGUUCGACGUUUACGUUAACGUCAACGACAGCAUUCUCGAGUCUGAGGAGCUAGGCGCUGUCCUCGAGAAGCUCGACCUGCGGGAUCUGCACGAGGUCAUGAGCCAGCCAUACUUCGACACAUUGAAGGAUGUCAAUGUGGAGAUAGAACUGUCAAAACUGUUGUCUCGGCCCAAUCAGACCAAGUGGCAUGUGGACAGCAUCGGUCAGAAGCUCCAGGCCAUAUUCCAUAGCAUAUUACAGCCAUGGUCUGCGCGUGGCAUGGUCACAGUCACCUGGAGGCGCAUCUGA